CACAUUCGUAGCCCCUUCAACGGAACCCAGGAUUUAUAAAGCAUGCGUAGGAUUUUUGUGCAUAUCUUAUGCGUGUUAUUAGCAUUACAGAUCUGAUAUUAUUGCGGAAGACACAGAGGCACGACUGACGCACGGAAAUGCGCUGCUUCAAUGUUGUUGUUUUUUAUAUAACUGGUGGAUCAAGCCUCGCCAAAACACGAGCUUAUGCUACAGCUUGCAUUUGUUAAUCCAUUGCUGCAUAUCGUGGUGAGGAAAAGAUGGAUUGGUGUAUUGGAAAUAUAAGGAUUCCCCGCAGCGAGACUGAUGGCUCCUUCGGCAAAGCCCCAACGUCAUGCACCACAAUCCACCUGUCUGACAUGAUCAGUGCGACCGAACUCAAGCCAGAAAGGAAACUGAUUCCAAUCCGCCCCCCAGCCCCCAGAGUCCCCCCCCCCAAGAAACAGCAGGAGCCAAACCGGGGCCUCUCCUGUGAACCGCUGCCCAGACCUAUCAUCCAGAGACGCUCCAAAUCUCUGCCCUCGCCGCAGGAGAGGAAGAAGCAUUUCAGAAAUGUCAGGGUGCGUUUCGCUGACUCCUUAGGGCUCGACCUGGAGGACGUGAAGCUCUUCAAAUCGGGCGAGGACCCCUUCAUCCCCCAACACGUGGCCUUCCGGCUCCUGAUGGGUGCCGAGCUGACCGACGGCACGCACCUGGAGAUCUCCCUGCCCUACCUGAAGCCCGUCUUCUCCCAGCAGCCCGGGGACCAGCCCGAGUUCCUCCAACGCCUCCACAGGCAGAAGGUGUGCCUGGAGCGGGUGCUGUGCUUCGAGCUGGGUGUCAUCGGCAUCACCCAGGUGCUGAACGUGCACCCCGAUAAGGAGGUGGGCGUCCGCUACUCCUUCACCGAGUGGAAGAGCCACACGGAGACGAAGGCCUCCUGGGUACAGAGCGCCACCCGGCCCGGCGACGGAGAGGGCGGAGCCUGUCUCAGCGUCGACACCUUCCGCUUCCACCUGCCCGUGCCGCCGUUCCUGCAGCCGGGGGCGGUUCUGGAGUUUGCCAUCCGGUACACGGUGUGUGGGCUGGAGCACUGGGACAACAACGAGGGGCAGAACUACAAGCUGGUGUGCCAUAACUACAAGCUCAGCGUUCCCAAGGAGUGCGAGGACAGCCUGGUGCACUUCCUGUGAGACAAGGGAAGAAGACCACUGCUGAGGGGACAUCCUGGGUGCAUUUUGGUUUCUGUUCACUACACUAUUUAGCUCUGCAGUAGCUUUGCACUCAUAGGGUAUUUCCCUGCGUAUUCUUUUGUAGAUUUUAAGUAAAUCGUCACUUUGAAGCAGCCAAAGCUGAAUUUCACCAAUGGGGAGAAAUAAAACAAUUGCACUUUUUGUAUGUAGUACAAGUAGUAGGCUAUAGCAGUACAGUAGCCUGACAUUUUCAGACAAUUCGCAAAUGCAUAUCAGUCCGGAACCUCUCCGGGGCAUACCGAUGGGCGUUAUCAACAUGCUAGAGCAAAUACAGAAUGAGCUUGCAGGGUCUCCUGGUUCCUGCAGGCUAGCAUUACAGUACAGUACAGAAUAGUAGAAACCACAAAUAAAGAUAAUUAGACAGUUUGAUUUGGCUUUUACUUGCACUUUAUGAUACAAUAGAAUAAUUAUAAAAUAAAUGUACUUUAUCAAUCCCAGAUGGGAAAUUUGCUCAACUUGGAUGCACAAGUAAUUACUUUUGGUAAUGCAAUUAAAAAAAUAUUUUUGAUAUUGUCUUGAUGUUGUUUAAGUAUUUUGAAGGAAAACUCAAACAUAUCAACUAUCCGGAAAUUAUAUUUUAACAUAACAGACUAAUCCAUGUUAAUUUCUGUACAUAUUAAAGCAAUUUAUUAUAUUUUAA